AAAUAGUUUUUUUUGUCCAUUUCGGCAACGCUGUGUUCCCAGAUGGGUACGUGGUAAUCAAUAAAAGCUUUUCCUAUUUUGUUGCUACGAAAACAACCCUAAAGCUACUAAAAUAGUCGUCGUUGUUGUUUACAAUUUAGCUUUUAAAUUUUUUGUCUCCCCAGCAUUGUUUCAUUAGUUUUAUCGAUGCAAAAUUACCUGUAUGAAUUUGGAUUUGAGCUUGACCAUUCAGCAAUCCCUUCACAGUCAGCUUUUCCCUGACAUAAAUCGAGGUUAGGGUACAUAUCUUCCAUAAAGCUCUUGAAAUUAUUUAAAUAAUUCAAUAUUCCCAGUCAAAAAUAAACAUUUUCUGACUUGUAAUCGCAUUAUCCAAUGUUCCUCUUCACUUCCGGAAUGAUAUUUUCCUCAAAUUAAAAUGCUGACCCUCCAUAAGUUCGAUCCCAGUUGACCUAUUGUUUAUAUGUUGUUAUUUCUUCAUUUACGUUUAGAAACGAGGUAAGAACUUCCCCUAUCUAUAAGGUGUUUUUGGUAUUAAACUGGUUUUCUUUUUUUUACAGAUAUGAACGGAAUGAACCACCGGGCGCACAGUGUUUCGGCUCCAGAAAAAGUGGAAAAACCGAAAAACUACAAGCUUCUAGUGGACCCAUUUCUGGUCAAAGGCGCUACCAACAAAAGGAUAAUUCGAUAUGAUGGGAUUGUUCCUGCUGAUAGUCCUUAUCCGCCAGUUACCCUGAGGGACCCUCGGUCUCGGUCACAUUUGACAAGACUAUGGACUCGGUUGGAGGCACUAGACCUACCUGUACCGCGCUUUAAAAUCGAUAAUCACUAUGUGGGAGAGCCACCCUCCAUCGAAGUGACCAUUUUUCAUCUAAACGACAAUAUUGACAAACAAUUUUUGAAAGAUAUUGUUCAAAAAUUCGGGGUAAUUGAGGAACUGUUUAUCUAUUAUCAUCCAGUGACUAACAAACAUUUAGGUAUAGGUAGGGUUGUCUAUGAAGAUGUAAAAUCGGCAAAACUAUGUGUGGAAAAACUGAACAAUACCAGUGUAAUGGGGAAGAUUUUGGAAGUGUUCUUGGACGCUUUCGGCCAGAAAUGCAAAGAACGGUUCGAGGAAAUCACAACUGAAAAAAAGCCUGUACCUGUUGUUGUGGUGGAAGAACCGCCCAAGAAAGAGAGUGUUGAAAAACCAAAGGAAGAUGACGACAGGCUGCCUUAUGAUCCUGGGGAUAAUAAUUUCGAUGACCGGCUGAAGUAUAAGUCGAAGUCUAAAGACAAGCGCCAUCCUAAGAAGGAUGGUUACUUGGACGAAUAUUCCAGCGGGUCGAAAAAAAACCGGAAUAGGGAUAGGGAUAGGGAUAGAGCACAUGAGCGCGACAGAUAUGGCUCAUCUAGGAGCUACAGAGAGUUUGCAACGCCGACCAGCUCGGAUCUGGGCUAUGGAACUCCUAGUGAAUUUUCUGCAAGUUUUGGAUCAACCGGCACCACACCGUUAUCUUACGAUUUUCAUGCACUGGCCGUUUCCGCGCCCAUGCCCCCCUCGACAGCUGCAUUUUCAUUCGCAGCUCCCGCUCCAUAUUCAACUCAUUUAGCCCCCCCACCUGCGCCUUGGCCCAUUGCUCAGCCUCAAUGGCCAAUAGCAGACCAAUGGGACUGUUCCGCUUCCACACCAUCGAAAUGGACCGGCAGCGACAGCAAAAAAGAAAAAAUUAAAGACCGUGAGAGAGACAAAGACAGACCAAAGGAAAAAGAUCGGGAUAAAGAUAGGGACAAAGAUAGGGACAGGAAAAGCAAACAUCACAGAAGCAAAAGAGAACGAGACAGGGAAAGGGAGGAAGCAAAAGUGACAAAAGAAAAGGUUGAAGAAGACAAGCCACUAGACUUAGACACGAGAAUCGCGCUAUUAUUCAAGGAUAAAGCUGGAGGUAUGGCGCCACCCUUUCUAUCGCUGGGCGUCGAUUCUGAUGAUGAAACCGGAGGCAGCAAAGCUAAAGAACUGUCCAAUGACCUCUUGAACUUGCCGAAACCACUGCCCUUACCCACUUCGCUGGACAGUGACGAUGAUCGUUCCAGCAUAUCACUGAGUGAUAUGCCAAUUAAUCCAAUGGCACCGGCCGCUGAUUUCCAACCCGAAGAAGAAGACCUGCCCUUGUCGACGCCGCCUUCGCCCUUCUUGUCUUUGGAAAUCUAUCGGGAAUGUCACAAGCUUUCCCUGGAGCAGGCUGUUAUGGCAAGACAGAAAGAUGCCCUGGAAACCACCGCGCUGGUAAAGAAGGCACAACAAAUGAAUAAACUGGGCAGUGAUAUUUCGUCGAGUGAAGACGAAUUGCUGACCGGAGAGAAGAACUACAGUCCUAUUGAUAAGAGGGAUUUUAAGAACGAAUUUAAAUUCGACAAAGACGAUGAUAGGAUGAGCAUGUCCAGCUUGAGUAGUACAGAAGGUGCUAAAAUCGAUGAGAGCAAACCUGAUGUGCCCUUGCAGCCACCACUACCUGCCGAGCCUGAUUAUUCGCAUUCAGUAACUGGAAUGACUAAUGUGUAUAGCACAGCUUAUCCUUCGUAUGCCACUCUAAUCGGGCGAUUUCCUCGCUACCCAGGCACUGCCCCAAACUUUGCGUACCCGCCCCCUCACGGGCCGCACUUGGCCUUUGCGCCCGAUUGGCAGGCGUUUCCCUAUGGGCCUUCGCCGCAUCCGCCGUCUUACCCUUACGGCUCUUACUACCCUGCUUUACACCCGGCGGUAGCGGCAGCGGCACCAUUUGGAUUCGCUUAUCAGGCAGUACCAGGCGGCGCAAUUUCGGGUACUCCUGCUGGACUGAUGGACGGCAACGUUCCGCACGCUCCCACCAUUAAUGGGGUUGUGGAGAAAAUCACUUUAGAGCUAAAAACCAUCCUGAAACGGGACUUCAACAAGAAGAUGGUGGAAGUCACCGCGUAUAAGCGGUUCGAAAAUUGGUGGGAGGACGAGACGUCGAAGCUCAAUCGCAUGAAAGGCAAGGAGGAUCUUGAGAAGUCGGCCUUGACGAAAGACAACAUCAAUGCGCUUUUGGAUCAGAGCAAUGACUCCUAUAAUUACGACAAUGUUGGUCUGGGACUUCGAGCGUCAUUACCGAAAAUGCCCAGUUUCCGACGGAAAAAAAUCCCAUCGCCCGUUCCAGUGGAAGAUGAGGAAUCGAAGGACUUGUCGGACCAGGAAGAGAUCGUACGCGAUGAAGAGGCCGAAGAGUCGGAUUCGAGGAAAGCGGACACAUCCGCACGUGCCCGACGAGUAUCAUCAAGCAGUUCGAGCGUUAGCUCCGGCUUCAGUUCGGACGAUGAGAGCAGUUCUAGUGACGAAAGCUCUUCGGACGAUUCGGACCGAGAGGUGAAGCAAAUUAAUAGAAGCGACAGAGCGCCCCAAAAGCCGAGCGCAACAACAAGCAGCGAUUUGCCAGCAUUUGAGCUUUUGAAUGAUGGAAUUGCCGAAAGGAACAAAACCCCAACACCAAUGGAGGUUGAUACGGAUUCUCAAGAGACAUUUGGACUGUCUGGUUCGAAACUAGACAAAACUCUGGAAAAGAAGCAGCCAUUGCCGUUGGCAAUAAGCACCAAAGCCGCGCUUCCAAACGUCUACGAUAGUGAUAGUGAUGAUCUCAGCGACACUGAACGCAUCUUGUUAGAGCGACGACGCAAGAAUGACGAAUGGAUGGAGCAGAUCGAAAAAGAGCGGCAAGAGCGAAAGGAGGCUGAAAUGGGACGGCGGAAAGUCCUGGAGGAGGAAGAGCAAAAGGUGAGAGAACUGGAGGAGAAGAAGCGAGUGGAGGACGAGCGGAAGAAGCAGGCAAAGGAGGAGCAGAGGAGUAAAGCGCGCGAGCGCCGAGAGGCCGAAAAGCGCCAGAAAGCCAAGGAGAAGGAGGAGAAACAAAGGCUCAAGGAGGAGAAGGCAAAGGCGGCGUGCCCGCCACGAGUGCCGCAAUACAUGGGUGAGAUUGAUGAUGAUGAAGAAACUCUGAGCGCAACAGAGGAGAAAACAUUGGAGGAACUGGAAGCGGAAAGGGAUGCUCUUUUGCAGCAAGUCCGCAACCCCGACCCGCCUUCAAUAGAGGAAAUGGAUGCGGAGUCGUUCAAACACCAUAAGAAGGACAGACUUGAAGAGCUCAACGGUACCACGGAGUUUAAGCGACGGUUGUCUGAUGAAUCCGGCCAAAGUAGCCCCUCUAGUCAGGUGGCGAUCGAACAUUCUUAUUGUUUGUCGCUACCGGAUGAAAAGGAAAAUGAGACAGCGGCGGACAAUCGGCACGUAAAUAUGGCCACUUUGGCCCACGAUCAUGGUUAUACCAAUAAAGCCGUGCCCGAGGUUCCAGUUUCUCCAGUCAAACCCAAAAAAGAGAAGGCACCAAAGCAGCCACGACCGAAGAAACAAAAAUUGCGAGAGCUCCAGAACACGUACUACCAAGACGACAAGUUUAAGCCGCUUAAAGUUGGAGAGAUUAAUAAACAUGAGCACAUUGUACAUAAAAUUCGAGAUCAGAUGUCUGAGUUUGGGGUGUUGUAUGAGUUCCUCACCAAAGGGAUUGAUAAAGAAGACAUUGAGUACAUCAAGCGAUCGUAUGAAGAGCUGCUCUCGGAUGAUGCGAUGGGAUAUUGGCUGAAUGACACCCAUUGGGUGGAUCAUUGCGUUACUGAUCUCUACUCCAGUCCGCCCAAAAAAAGGAAACGAGAUGAACGGAACCAUUCAACUGGUUGUGCGCGAACUGAGGGCUACUACAAGAUGAGCGCUCAUGAAAAAUCGCGCUACAAGUACCACCAUGCUAAAGCUCAUGCGAUUCAGAUGGCAGCCUCUGCUCCUGCAAACAAACAAGGUUUAUCGAGAGAAGCACGGUCCAAUCAAAGACGUCUCCUCACUGCUUUCGGUGGCGACACCGAUUCCGAUCUGUUGAAGUUCAAUCAGCUGAAAUUCCGAAAGAAACAGCUCAAGUUUGCCAAAUCGGCCAUUCACGAUUGGGGGUUGUUUGCCAUGGAACCCAUUGCUGCUGAUGAAAUGGUCAUUGAGUACGUAGGUCAAAUGGUCAGACACAGUAUGGCCGAUCUGAGAGAGCAUAAGUACGAAGCGACGGGCAUUGGCAGUUCCUAUCUCUUCAGGAUAGAUUUAGAAAACAUCAUUGAUGCAACCAAGAGCGGAAACUUGGCCAGAUUUAUCAAUCAUAGCUGCAAUCCAAACUGUUACGCAAAAGUAAUUACGAUUGAAUCCCGAAAGAAGAUUGUCAUCUAUUCGAAACAGCCCAUAGGUGUGAACGAAGAAAUUACCUACGACUACAAGUUCCCAAUUGAAGAAGAUAAGAUUACAUGUUUGUGCGGCGCCUCAACAUGCCGUGGAACUCUGAACUAAAUGAACACUAUUAAACUGCUUUGCUGGGUAAAAACUAGGAUCGAAAAAAAAUACGCUUAAACGUUGUUAUCAGAGGGAGCAGUUGGUUCGAUUAGAUCAUCAGGUGCAUGUUUGCUCUAUUUUCCAUUCAUAUUCAUAAUAUUUGUUUGUCAUUACAAAUCACCUUACAACCCUUUACGUAGUGUAAAAUUUAUUUAUGCCUUGCGAGUUUUAAGUCAUGUAAAUAAACACAUUUGCAAUAUGUUGUGAACAAACAUGCCCUGGCGAUUUAGAUCAACAUUUUGGCAUUUUAAAAAUUUAUCCUCGCAUUAAUUACCACGCCGUUUAACUACACGUAGACGCGUUGUGCGUAGGAAAAUGUUCUGUCCUGAUGUACACUUUUAUUUAAUUAACAGCAUAAAGUAAGCAGCAAACUCGCUUCGAUAUUCCAGUGGAAACUUACCUAAGAGAUUGCCGCCGUUAUCAAAAUUCACCUGGAAACAGCAAGCAAGUGUGAUAAUCAAACUGUUGAUUGUAUAAUGCAAUGCUUUGUGAGAUACUGAUGUAUAUUUUGAUUCUCUAGAACAUUGUAUUAAAAAAAUGGAAUUUUUAGAAUAAGACUUUUUACAGCUAGCUUUAGUUAGAAAUUCAGGUCGGUUAGUUAAUUUAAAAUAGAAUUGAAUAGUGUUCAGCGUGUGAUGAAUUCUUGUAAAGCUUGCACGAUUGUAUAUCUAUUGGUAUCUAUUUUUAAUCAAAUGUUUUGUAAGUGUAUAUACGACGAUUGUAAAUAUAAAGAACCAUUUGUUAAUA